AUGCCGACAAGGUCAGCUGCGCCAGCUGGCGACCGCGAAUAUGACUAUACGAACGUUGGCAAGGUCGGUCGCAGGACAGGAUUGACCUUGGAAGCACGCCCGGUCGAUCAAUACGGCAUGGAGGAGAUAACUGGCUUGUUUUCGUCGCCGAAAAAGCCCUCGCCAGUGGCGCAAAGAGUGAUCGUGGAGUCGAUCGAGGUACAUAACAAGACACCUCGUGCAGGUAGUGGGCGCGCUCGUCUAGAAACACCAGGAACCGCUACUUCUACACGAAGAUCAACAAGAGGUAGCUCACAUCCACCUCCUCGUUCAGCAUCACCUCGAAAAUCUGGGAUCACCGGUUCGGCACGAAGGAGUGGCGCGGUAGAUGUCCUUGCGCAUAAGGAAACUCGAGAGGAGGCAGAGAAUGCGACUGGGAAAGCGCAAGAGCAAGGACAACAGCUGGAGCGGGAGCCAAAAUCCGUCAGAACACCUUCUACGGCCCUUCAAACCAGAGUUUCCUCAGCAAAAGCUGCCACAGCACGUCGAUUCAGUCCAGAGAGGACUCCUCUACUCAAUCGAGUUCUGGGCCGACCAUCGAGAAGUGCCGUUGUUGGUAGAGUCUCAGAUGUGCAAUCAAGCAUUUUACAAGAAGAAAUAGAAGAUGUGCAAAUAGAUACACCCAGUCAUUUACAACCCAGUCGUGAGCUACCGGAUGAGUUGCGGGUCGAAGACAACAUGGAUGUCAUAGGUACUGCCGAAGAUGAGGAGCCCGACGAAGAGCCCAUUCAAGAGCAGGUCAAAGAGCUUGUCGAGGAGCCAGCCGGAGCGCCAGUCGAAGCGUCUGUCGAAGAGUCCAUAGAAGAAUCAAUCGAACAACACAACGGGGACACAAUCAAAGAGAUCGACCAAGAGCCUACAACUCAACAAUCAGAUCACGAAGACAGUGAGCCAGAAAUGCCACCUCUGCCUCCUCCCGUCGACGACGAAGACGAAGACCAGACCUUCGAUCCUUCAAUUCUAACAAGCAGACGUGGGCAACCAAACAAAGCAAAUUCUAGGAGGAAACGCAAGUCAGAUGCCACAAGAGAUAUUGAAGAAGUUCGUGCUGUGUCUUCACCAGCAGCAAGAAGAGCAAAGAGAAGAAGGACAGAAAGUGUGUCGAACAGUCAGGAUGAGAGUCAUGUACAGAGUACACCUGAACGACCUCAAUCUAAACAAAAAUCGAAGCGAGGACGUAAACCGUUGGCACAGAAAGACACAAAUAAGAAAUUACCGAAAUCAAGACAGAAAGAGGUAGAUGAUAUGGUCGAAAGGAUAAGAGCGCGUCCAGGUCAACAGAGAUCACUAUAUAUGCUGCGCAAAGAGACACCCGCGGACGAUAAUAUCGCACGCACAAGAUCUGGCAGAAUAAGUGUGAAGCCUCUAGCUUGGUGGCGCAACGAGGGUAUUGUCUACGACGCAGGAGAUGGCAGUGGAAAGAGCCUGGCAGAUGGCGCGCGAUUCCCACUCAAUAGCAUCAAAGAAAUCGUACGGACGGAUGAAUAUAACAGCCCGUUUAGGCCGAAAAAGAAAGGUAGACCAAAAAAGGGCAAAGGCAAUGCCCGAGAAGAUGACUCCGAUGUCGACCUCGAUGGCAACGAGGAUAUGGUAGACCCCGAAGCUGACGACUGGGAGCUGGAGAACGGUACACUCAGGGGACGGGUAGCAAUUUGGGAUGUUGACCAACAAGCUCCUGUCGACGAGGAGGAAGUAGCUGAGAUUGCUUACGCUGCUGGUGCCAUUGAAACAAAAGAAGUAAAGGGUUCUGAAUUCAGAUAUGCCAAGCUUGUGAGCACACCGUUCUCUGGCACGGGUGUCGUGGAUAUCCCUCCUGGUGGGAGCAAGAAACCCAAGAAUUCUCGGAAGAUGCACAUGUCGUUCUAUGUGGCUCAGGGCAGAGUCACUGUGGAGGUCGGACCGUUGCAUGGAGAGCCGACGAGAUUCAGUAUUGGCAAGGGCGGCUUUUGGCAAGUUCCUAGAGGCAACAAUUAUUCCAUCGAGAAUGAACACGGUAAGACUGCCAGGCUGAUAUUCAGUCAGGCGUGCGAGCCAGCUCCAGCUGUCCAGAACGAGGGGUAG